AUAACAUGUCUUGACGUCUAGAGAUCAGUGUCUUUAGAUGUCUACUCAUCCAUGGACGAUCAUUCUUAUAUACCUCGAGGGAACGUUGGAGCACUAGUCGUCGCGCGAGAUCGCGACAAACACUGCACAUGAAUCAAGUUUCAAGGAAUGUAUUCACAUACGUCGCUUGUAUAACUACAAAAAAAUGAAACAUGUUUCUGCGUGACCUAUGGUUAUAUAUUGGCACAAUUUUCUCUUCAGUAUAUGCGAAGUUAUGUGAAAAAAGCAGUGGGAAUAAAAGUGAAGCAGCAUCAUUGGGAUGAAAACGACCAUAGUUGUGAGAAGUAAUGAAGAAGCAGCAAUCAAGAUGGUUUAUUUGGAUCAUUUUUGCAGUCAUGUUUGUUUUUAUAACAAUUUCCUAUAUUCUACUGAAUGGACAUAAUACUGCUUUAAAAACAAGAAACAUCACGCUUUCGCCUAGCAUUUUCUUCCCAAAAAAAGUGAAAAGUCAUAUUAAGAAGAAGGUAAUUAUUUUCGUUGGUAUCAUGAGUGCACCACGGAGAAAAGAGCGUAGGAAUGCGAUCAGAACAACAUGGUUGAAACAAUGUCGAAACAACAGCAUACCUUGCCUGUUUUUCACAGAUGCUCGGGACAUGUAUGGCAACCUUUUGCCACCGACAAUUCGCGCACCCCUCAUGAAAGAGCAAUCGAUUCACGGGGAUUUGAUCCUAGCACAAAGUCCUGGAGGUAUUAAUUUUGCUCUCCGAUAUCUGUGGAUGCUGAAAUGGGCAAAUUCUCGUUACAAGUUUCAAUAUUUUUUGCGCGUCGACGAUGAUUAUUUUGUGUGCAUGGAUAGACUUGUGCGUGAGUUACCAUAUCGUUCACAAAAAAAACUAUACUGGGGUUAUGUACAUUGUUGGCCACCGGGCGGCAUCAGAGUUGACGAAGGCUUUGUAAUCGUUAGCAAUGAUCUGGCUCAACAUUUUCUCCGCGAACGAAAUUCAUCUCUCAUGUGCCACCCGUACGGUGACCAGGCGAUGAUUAUGUGGAUUAACAAUAUUCCAGGGGUAACGUACUUCGGAGACCCAAGGGUGAUUUAUGACGUUGUGGACUACACUUCUAUAGUAAAGACGGGUGAUAUUUGUGCCAGUUUUUUAGGUCUGCAUGGCAGCUAUCCAUGGAAAAUGAAGAAAUUCUGGUCACAGUUUUUGGAAAUGAGAACUGAGACGUACCAUGUACCUAAAAUAACUUAUCCGUGCGGCUCUCAAAACAAGACUUUCGAGUAUAAAAAUUUUGGAGGAAUGUAUUAUGCAGUGCCAAGGCCUUGUAAGGAAAACCCAACGUGGCAGAUAGGUGAAUUUUACCAAGGAAGGGAGGGCUGAGCCGAUCAGAUGAAAUGAACUGCUAGUGUCCUUAACAUGGCUGAAGUAUUCAAAUGAUAACAUGUGUUACUUCUCUGAACUUUUAUCUCACGUUUGUUAGAAAACUUGUCGUUGAAUAUAAAUAUUUUAUUAAAUUUUACUUGAGUCUUCUUGGAAAAUAUCUAUCUUCCUGGAAAAAAUUUAUCAAGGUUUUUUAUGAUAAAUGCCUUUGUUACAAUUACAUAUGAUACUUGCAAA